AUGACCUCGUGCGCUCCGGUUGUCAAGGACGCGGCGGACUACGAGAGGGAGGAAGACGCGUACUGGGCCGCGUCGCCCAUGGCUGCCGCCCUGGCGUCGUCCAACCCUCCAGUGCAGCCGGACUAUAAGGAGGCCCUGUACGACCUCGCAAAUCACAGCUGGCGCCAACUUGGCGACGUCCACGUCAUCAGCGAGGGAGAUGACGUUAGAGCAAGCGACGAGAAACCCGUUGUGGGGAGCACGCGUUGUCGGGUCGCAGAAGCUCUUAUUCCGGAGCACGGUCACCCGCAGACUCGCCAGUGUUCGCAGCAGCAACUGCGCGGCAGGCUGGACGGGUUUGGUGACCCCGAGCCCUGGGUUUGGGGGAAGGCACAAGCCCGUGCGAAUGAGGGGGAUGCUUGUGAGCGCCUUGCAAGUGUCGGAGGCGCCGCUCGCAACACUGUUCAGUGCGGCGCCACGAUCCGUUCAUGCAUCCAACACCAGCCGCCGGUCCUGCACGACCGCCGCUCCUCUGGCGACUUUUCGUUCUUCCACUUCCCCGUGCUGCCCCGUGAAAGCGCCCCUGUCAACGAGGCGCUGCCAGUCGAGAGCAACGCUUGCCCUCGCAGCCACACUGCGUGGGCUGGCAGCGGGCCGGCGGGCGGCGGAGACAGCGAGUACCAGUUGUUCUCCAGAGGCUCCACGGGCGGCAGGGCGGGCAUGGCCGCGGUUCGCAUGGGAAGGGCGGGAGGAGAAGGGUUUGGGGGGCUAGUCGAUCUGACCCCUUUUAUGUACCAUGCGUGUGAUUUGGUGAUUUCCGUGCGGCGCAAGGAGAAACGGAGGGAGGAGGGGUGGAGGAUGAGGACCGACUUAGUCAAGGAUAUCACUGAGUCGGAUGUCUGCUCCACUUCUGUUGCAGCUGUUACGUCCCUCAAAAGGUUGCCCCACGACGAGCAAGUGUGA